CGUCGCACGUUGAUCAGCGGCGCGGAGGAAGGUAGUGAGUGGCCUGCAGUCGCACACCGCGUCUCGUGCGAGAGGUUUCGUAUCAGGAACGCGGUAGGCCGGACGCUUCCCGGACAAAAAUUUUCUGCGCAUUCAUUAUUUUUUGUGGCGAUUGAAGAAAGUGUGAGCAGUUCUACAAAAAUGUGCAAAUACCUGCUGGUCGCAUUGCUGGUUUUCUCCCCAUCAGGCGCCUCGCCCCCGGGCGCCAGGGACACUGAGCGGGACGACGAGACGUCCGGCGGCGGCGCGGACAGACCGGCGGCGGCGCCGGCGGCGGUGGGGGCGGGGCCCGAGGUUCCCGACAUGCUGAGCGGCGCCGCCGUCAACCGGACCUUCCUGCACAAGGCCGACAGCGACGGCGACGAGCCAGGCGGCGUGGUGGCGCCGGUUCCCGAGCUGAGCACGCGCCGCGCCGACCCCGAGCAGGCGACCAACCUGACGGACAGGGUGGACAGCCCCCGAGUGCUGGACCCGGGCACCACGCACCAGGAGGACUCCAACAACAACAACAACAACAACAACAACAACAACACCUCUGCGGUCUCGAAGGCGGCGAACGAGACGAAGGCGACGAGAGACGCCCCAGCGAACGCCAGCCAGACGACGCCGACGCCGGCCGAGGUGAGCGCUGCCUCCCCGGAGGCGCGGCCCACUGCUGCCAACACCACGGCGCAGGCGUCCGGUGGCGCCCCUGGCAACGGGACGACCACCGCCCCGCCCGCCAGCCCCAGGACUGCCGAGGAGUCUGCUGAAGAGACCGCCGCGACGACCGGAAUCACCAGCACCACCAACCAGGCACCGGCGAAGAACGAGGAGGAACCAGCGAUGCCACCACAGGUGGAGGUGCAGGCUCCCCCGGCGCCGGGCAACGAGUCGCAGGUCCUGCCGGCCGGCGCGGAGCCCCACACGUCCCAGCAGCGGCUCUCGGCGGCCGGCGACCCGGGCUUCCUGCAGCCCAGCCAGUCGGCCGCCAUCCUGGCGGGCGUGUUCGUGGCCGUCGCGCUGCUGGGCUACGUGGGGCUGCUCGUCUGGAGGAGGCUGCUCGAAAAGAAGUAUGGCAACCGGGAGAUGCUGGUGAACGAAGACGAAUUCUACGACACCAGCGAUUUGAGACACUUUGAGCUUUGAAGUUCUUCAAGGAAGAGCCAAGGAAAAUGAACAAUUUCAUACCAAGCCAGCUGAUUUCUAAUGACUUUAAGCCAGAACACAGUUAAAAAUAAAUGGAAAACAUUCUGAAAUAUUAUUAUUAGUAACAUGAAAUUUAUGUUUAUGUAGUAAGUAAAAAAAAUGUUUAAUUUACUACCCAAACUUGUUACCAAAUAAUUAUAUAUAAUAUUAAUGUUUUGUAUUAACCAAAGUGUUCACUUCAAAUGUGAUCUUCCAUUUCCUGAUGGAAUAAAUAUUUUCAGUUUUACAUAAUCCACCAAGUAGAUAGCAGUAUCAGAUAAGGCUGCACAGAAUCACCAAAGUAUUGAACUACAGAAAGAAAAGUACCAAAUAUACUUGUAGGUAGACGUGCUGAAAAGUAAUACAGCUUUUACAGGAUUAUUUAAAGUUACUCCCAGUAGCUUUGAGACAAACAAUAACAUUUUAGUACCUUAAAAAACAUUAGACGUAUGCAUUAUUCUGUGUAAACGAAACUAUAUGAUGUUUUCACGUGGGAAAAUAUGUUACUAUCCUUAUGAAGAUUUUGCUACGUGAAUUAUGUAGUAGAAAUGAACUGAAAACCACUCAGUAUUUCGCACUCUUGUUUCUACUUCACACAGCAAGCCUAUCAAAUUGUGCCAAUGCCACAACGAACGCCAGCCAAUCACCUGUGGUUAUCUGUGAUACUGAAUGAAUUAUUAUUUUCUUGAGUAUCGUGUACAAAUGUAUCUCUUUCUCUUCCUACUUUUAAUGAAAUACUAAUUGCAACAAAAAUCAAAAUUAUGUAAUAUUUUGUUGUUAUAGUUUAAUUACUAAAAGAAUAUAAUUGUAAAUUGUAUAUUUGUAAGACCAUCAUAAACAUGUUCAGAAAUAAGUCUAGUAGGUAUGUAGUUGUUCAGUUGUAGUAACAUCUUGGUUAUAAAUCCAGUUUUAAACAAAGAAAAUUUUUAAUGAAUGAUCGUCUUCCCCAUAAAAAAUAUACAAAGUAAAAUUACUACGCAUCACAAACUGCUGCCCUUUUACAUAAGUUUGCAAAACUUGCUCCACAGCAAAUAAAAAAAAUGUUUUUAUUCUAAUAAUAAUAAUAAUAAUUAUAAAACUCUAUAUCAUAUCAUUAAAAAAACACCAGUUUCAUGACAUUUGUAGAACAGUUUCCAAACAGUUAUUAAAAUUUCAGGAAACUAGUUUAAAAUAACUAAACUGUAGGUGAUUAUAUUUAGUGUAUUCAAAGUGUGCCAUGUUCAAAUUCUCAAAAGAAUAAUACCAGAUACAUAUAUACAAACACUGGACAGUUGGAAAACAAAAAAGUAAAAAUUUAAAAAAUAAUAUACUUUUGUCGAGACCAUGGCUAAAUUACACUUUGAAGAUAUAGUGUAUUUCAGUACCUGGUACUAUUCUUGCCAGUAUUUGCUAAAAGUCUACCCGUACUUUAUGUUAAGCAUAUUAGUGUUUUUUUUUUUUUUUCCAGUUAUGUUCCUAGUCUUUGAUAGUGAGAAUAGCAUAGGUAUAGAAAUAAUUUGUUGAUAUAUGUAUGUUCAUAUAUAUAUGCAUUUGUACUUCUGUGAACCAAAACCAUUAACACAAAUUACUUUAUUAAUAAAAUUUUAUGCUAAAACUUAAAAGUUGUAUUGGAAAAUGUGUGUGUAGAAUUGCUGCCAUUUAGUUAGUUCACAGUUUAGAGUCAUAACUCAUGAAUAUGUCAGUUUGGUAAAUUAUAUGUAUGAUUUUUUCACUA